UGUUUACAUUAAUCUGCUCAUUAAUUCUCAACUGUGAUCUGUGUGCUUAUAAUAAUUGUUUUAUUCAUUGUGCGCUUACGAACCGGUGCUUGGUAACGCUCUUUCGCUAAGCCUAACCUAAUCCUCUAAUAACUUUUAUUUAUAUUACAACAAGAUUAUAAUUCAGAAAGCAAUUAGUUGUGAUCUAGAUCAACCAACUAACUGAUAUCUUUUUAAAAAUGCCGGAUAUAAAAGUUACACCACUCGGUGCUGGACAGGAUGUUGGACGUAGUUGUAUCCUUGUCUCCAUGGGCGGCAAAAACAUCAUGCUGGAUUGUGGAAUGCACAUGGGAUUCAAUGAUGAGAGACGCUUCCCAGACUUUUCCUAUAUAGUUCCAGAGGGACCUGCGACCAAUUAUAUCGACUGUGUCAUUAUCUCUCAUUUUCAUUUAGAUCAUUGCGGUGCUCUUCCAUAUUUCACAGAGAUGGUAGGUUACACUGGACCAAUUUAUAUGACACAUCCAACUAAGGCUAUUGCACCAAUCUUAUUAGAAGACAUGAGAAAGGUUGCAGUCGAGCGUAAAGGCGAAAGUAACUUUUUCACAUCGCAAAUGAUAAAGGAUUGUAUGAAGAAGGUUAUCGCUGUUACGCUUCAUCAAUCCGUCAUGGUAGAUUCAGAAUUGGAGAUAAAAGCAUAUUAUGCCGGACACGUUCUCGGUGCAGCCAUGUUUUGGGUUCGUGUAGGAUCACAGUCUAUUGUAUACACAGGAGACUAUAAUAUGACGCCGGAUCGGCAUUUAGGUGCUGCGUGGAUAGACAAAUGCAGGCCAGACUUGUUAAUUUCAGAAUCGAUUUCCUCAAAAAAGUAUGUUUUCAAUUCAUUAUUAUUUGUAAUAAUUUAAUUUAUGUUGAACGAUUUUUUUAAGAAGACCGUGUUUUAGGUACACGAAUGCAUCGACAGAGGCGGAAAGGUGCUGAUUCCUGUAUUCGCUCUCGGUCGCGCUCAAGAACUGUGCAUACUUUUGGAAACGUAUUGGGAAAGAAUGAAUCUAAAAGUACCAGUUUAUUUCGCACUUGGUUUAACCGAAAAGGCCAACAAUUAUUAUAAAAUGUUUAUCACCUGGACUAAUCAGAAAAUUAAAAAAACGUUUGUACAACGGAAUAUGUUUGACUUUAAGCACAUAAAACCGUUUGAUAAAGCGUAUAUCGAUAAUCCAGGUGCGAUGGUGGUGUUUGCUACGCCAGGAAUGUUACACGCCGGUCUCUCUCUCCAGAUUUUUAAGAAAUGGGCGCCUAAUGAGUCCAACAUGGUUAUCAUGCCAGGUUUUUGCGUGCAAGGUACCGUGGGGCACAAAGUUUUAAACGGUACGCGGAGAAUAGAAUUCGAAAAUCGACAGAUCGUGGAAGUAAAGAUGGCCGUGGAGUACAUGUCCUUCUCUGCUCAUGCUGAUGCAAAAGGAAUAAUGCAAUUGAUACAGUAUUGUGAACCGAAGAAUGUUAUGCUGGUGCAUGGAGAAUUCGCUAAGAUGGAAUAUUUGAAGGAGAAAAUCAAACAAGAAUUCGGUGUUAGUUGCUAUAAUCCUGCAAACGGCGAAACUUGUAUUAUCACGACCACAUCCAAAGUUCCCGUAGAUGCUUCUCUAGCAUUGCUGAAAGCCGAAGCAAAGAGAUACUCGGCCUUGCCACCUGAUCCGAAAAGACGGAGAUUGCUUCACAGUGUCUUGAUGUUGAGAGAAGACGGUGUCUGUCUUGUAGAUGCGGAUGAGGUUGCAAAAGCUGCAGGUAUCACAAAACAUGUGGUCAGAUUCACAUCUACUGUGCAAGUAAGGGAUCCCGGCCCAGCACAAGCUACUACCUUAAAACUAUUGCAGCCAUUGAAAGAAAGACUAUCCGGAUGGACGGUUCAAUUGACGGAGGGUUCUAUAUCUGUCGAGUCUGUUUUAGUAAAGGUGGAAGGAGAUGAAGAUGAUCAAAAGAGUGUUUACGUUUCAUGGACUAAUCAGGAUGAAGAUUUAGGUAGUUAUAUUCUUGGAUUUCUGCAAACAAUGCUGAAUUAAAGAAAUGGACAAAAUUACUGUAAACAAAAUUUCGACCUGUGAUUGAAAUGUGGUUUACAUUAUCACUAUUAAAUGAACGAUUGUAAAUCUAUUUUGCAACUUGACGCUAAUCAAGGUAAAAAUAUAUUUUCCAAUAACACACUA